AUGACCAUUAUCCUGCCUCCGAGAGAAGAAAGUUUGAAUGGUCAAGAUAUUGUGCCAUACACCUUGGAGCGCUCGGUGAACUGCUCCGAGGGCAAGAUGGGCCCGAAUAAUGGCAAAGUUUCGUCCCUGAACAGCCUGCCAGUCAUUGAAAUGAAUGUUUCAAACUAUACCGGCCUCUCCCUGUUCGCUGAUGCCAAACCGGCUGUUGGAUCUCUCUGGUAUAGAUACUGCCAGGCCAUCCGAGAUGAUGAGCAUUCUCUUGAUUCUCGUGGAGAAGCACAAGCUAUCCCGUGGAGCCGAUCCUCGAGCUUUGACCAGGAGUCAAUCGAAGACGGCCUAUUACCUGGAGAGCUCAGCGUCAAAGGUUUUUAUGUGGACCCUGCUAUUGUUCCCGGCUUCAAAUACGUUGUGCGCCUGGCCGACUCUGACAAACUUCUUUUCAAUGGUAAAGCUCUAAAGCUGGUGAGCAUUGGCCGCGGAUAUGGCAAGAGAAUCACAUUCGAGAGCGACUCUGCCAUCUGCAACGAGCACUACUUCUACUCGGACACUCACUCAGCUGGAUAUGGAUUCCGGCUCGUCGCUGUGGAACAAGGGGCCAAAUUCACGCUUAAGGAUGGCUGCGGUAACGCCAUGGGCUUCGCAACAGUCAUCGAGACCUUGGAAGAAAUGGAAGAGUGUCAUGAGGUUACCUCCUUGAAGCAAGUUCAGAAGCUCGUUAAAGUGACACUUCUAUGCAAUGUGGAGAACUUGAAGGAUUUUGGUGGCUAUGAACAGAAGACGGUGGAAGGCACUGCCGUCCUUCUGAGAGAAAAAGCCAGUGGUCCCGCUGUGCUUGAAGAGAUUAUCAACUGCAGCAUUGAAAGCGAGAACGUUCACUUCACCCUCGUCCCUGGUGUUGAUGAGAAGGAAAGAAUCUUCUUCGUGUCCAGCAACCAGGGAGACAUACCGGCAUCCUUCAUCGUCACUGGCCUCCUUCCUCACGAACUGCCAGUGAUUGGUACGUUCGUGCACCCCAAUAUCAUCGUUGGAGCGAAGUACAAAGUCCGAAACCUGGAGAGCGGGAAGUAUUUAUUCGAUGGACGCGCAAUGACACUCCAAUCCAUCGGCCGAGGCUAUGGGAAGAGAAUUACUUUUGCCAGUGAAAGCCACAUUCACAACGAUAAUUACUUUUACAGCGACACCAACUGCGGAGGAUUUGGAUUUACUAUUGAAGCCCUCAGCGUCGGCGAUCAUUUCAGAAUCGUGGACACGAACACCGCUGAAGACGUCGGUGUGGCUGAGGUGUUCCGUACAGACGUCCCUCAGCGCCCUCUGGCCUCCAGCUCCCCCGGUCUGGGCCGCGUUCACGUCGAAGUGACGUGCAACGUAACACGGAUGGGCGAGACCUGCACCAUGCGAGUCUCGGGCACUGCCAUCAUCGAAAAGCACAGAUCUGGAAUGUCUGUGUCUGUCAGUGACGUAACAAUGAGAGCGCUUCAGCCGCCGAACCCAAGCCAGACUUUCUUGUUCCUGCCUGUUUAGGUUUUUACCUACGAGAAAUUUACCGUUGUCAAUGCUAUACGUACCUACCUAAAGGCUGAAUACCUAGAGAUACUCUCGGUAGACAAAGGGUUGCGUGAACGGUGGCGCGCGACACAUUUCUUUGCCUGUGAUCUAGUUUAAAAUCAUUGUUAUCCGUCUCGUGAAAUGUAGAUUAGCGAGGCUACCGUUAACGUCUGAUGAUUUUUAUAUCCUAAUGUGUAUUUUGAAGAUAACCAUGUUCGUUCAAAAUCCUUCAAGGGACUACACUUGUGAUUGUAGUAGGGGAACAUUCAGCUACGAGGUUUAUCUAUUUCAUCAUUAAUGUUAAAGUCCUCGUAAUUGGUUAGUAUUAUAGAAGGCGUUUAUUUACUGGAAAUAGCUCUGUGUAUAUUUCACUCAAAUGAAAUAAUCUUUUCUGAUCAAGAAUCAUUAGCCAGAAAUUAUCUAUUUCUCAGAUUUAAAUGAUUUUGCUUGGAUGUUGUUAGGUUUAGAUUAUUUUUCGUUGCUUGAAUCUACACUUUCAGACUAUCCUGUCAUUUCUUAUACGUUGUGCUCGAAUUCAGGACUGAAGAGAUAGACAAAUGUUAGUAUUUUUCUGGGAUCUUAUGAGCUUGAAGUAUAUGAUCUGAUCCUAAAGGUAUUUUGGUAACAAGUGUCAUUGAGGUAUUAUUCACAUUUCAUGUAUGCAGCUCAUCGAUUAUUUAAUUACAUCUUCCCAUGCUUGUUCAUUACCGUAAAUAUAAAUAGCUGAUAAAUGAACGCUUAGAUUUGCUAGUAUUAUCUCGUUGUUUGAAUCUAUUUCAUAACAUAUAUUCUCUAGUUACCUGCCGCAUCUUUUUGAAGUAAAUUAUUAGACAUUUGUA